AUGGCUACCGAACUUUGUUAUCCAAGGGCAAUCGACCCACUCGAUGAAGAGCACGAUAGCUUGAUUCGAGAGCGAAAGGAGAUGGAAGGUAAUGAGAAGGCGACCCUUAAGAGGCUAAGGCAAGAGGCUAAGGAAGAGGAGAUUCAGGCAAAGCUUCUUGAGGCAAAGGUUCGGCGCUAUAAGGCGCAGAAAGAGCUAGAACAGUUUAAAAAGCAGUAG